UGAGGUUAUGUUUAUUUGAGCCUUCAACAUCAAAUUAACAUUUGUAAAUACUGCUGUACUAUCAGUUUGUUCUUUUCUAUUAUUAUAUCGAAAAAAGUAAAUAUUUGCGUGAACAUUCUGCUACACAAUAAUAUGAUGCAACAUGUUCCAAUAGAAUGAUAAGAAGCAUGGCCGAUGUGGACGUGAGACAGGGGCUUAGGAAGGUUUUGGGGCAAGUGCAAGUAGCUGCAGGUAACCGCAGUCCCGAUCUUCAAGAUGUAAAGCCCCGUUUAGUUGCGGUGAGCAAGAUUAAGCCGGCCGAGCUAAUUUUGCAGGCCUACGAAGAAGGUCAGAGACAUUUCGGGGAGAACUACGUGCAGGAGCUAGAAGAGAAAGGUCACAAUUCUUUGAUUUUGAAAAACUGCAAAGAUAUCAAAUGGCACUUUAUUGGCCAUCUGCAAUCCAACAAAGUAAACAAGGUUCUCGCAGUGCCCAAUUUGUUUAUGAUUGAAACUGUGGAUUCCAAGAAGCUGGCGACACAGUUGAAUAAAAACUGGCCUAAUUUCAACCCCGAUUCGAAGCUGAAUAUCAUGAUACAAGUGAAUACCAGUGGAGAACAAGAGAAAAAUGGCAUUAAUCCAUCGGAGGUUCAGGGCCUGACUGAGUAUGUGCUUAAAGAGUGCACUAAUCUAAGAUUAGAUGGGCUUAUGACCAUUGGACAGUUUGGGUACGACCUGGCUAAAGGACCCAAUCCAGACUUUGUGUGCUUGAAACAAUGCCGGGAUGAUGUUUGUAAGAAAUUGGGCCUGAACUGGAAAGAUAUUGGGCUUUCCAUGGGAAUGUCCGAUGAUUUUGAGCAUGCUAUUCAGCUUGGCAGCACCAAUGUCAGGGUGGGCACAUCUAUUUUUGGUCACCGACCGAAGAAAGCUUGAGAGAUAGUGCUAAUGUUGUAAAAUUAUUUAAAAUAUAUCAUAUAAAUAAACCAACUUACGAAAGUAUCAUAAAAA